UUGCAUCAUUGCUCUUUGUUCUCCCUUUUCGCGUCUCUUCUAGUAACAAGACUUAAAAGUCUCUUUCAGUUAUAAUAACUAAACGAUGAUGCUUGCGGUGGAAGAUGUGUUGAGUGAGCUCGCCGGAGAAGAAAGAAACGACAGAGGUUUACCACCUGGCUUCCGGUUUCACCCGACGGACGAAGAGCUCAUAACUUUCUACUUAGCCUCUAAAGUCUUCCAUGGAGGUCUCUGUGGUAUUCACAUUGCCGAAGUUGAUCUCAAUCGCUGCGAACCCUGGGAACUACCUGAAAUGGCCAAGAUGGGAGAGAGAGAGUGGUACUUUUACAGUCUAAGGGAUAGAAAAUAUCCCACAGGGCUAAGGACUAACAGAGCCACUACAGCUGGAUACUGGAAGGCUACCGGAAAAGAUAAGGAGGUCUUUGCCGGCGGUGGCAGCGGCGGAGGAGCACUUGUCGGAAUGAAGAAGACCCUUGUGUUCUACAAGGGUAGGGCUCCACGAGGCCUCAAGACUAAGUGGGUCAUGCAUGAGUACCGCCUCGAAACUGACCUUUCUCACCGCCACACGUGUAAGGAGGAAUGGGUGAUUUGCAGAGUGUUUAACAAAAUAGGAGACAGAAAGAAUGUUGGAAUCCAUAACCAAAUCAGCUACCUCCAUAACACUUCACUAUCAACAACACAUCAACAACGUAACCAUAACCAUUAUCUUCAUCUUGAAAUCUUGCCUCCUCUUCUUGAACCAUCUAAAACCCUAACCAACUUUCCAUCGCUACUCUACGAUGAUACCCACCAAAAUUACAAUAAUACCCUACUCCAUGGAUCAUCAGGCCACAACGUUGACGAGUUCAAAACCCUAAUCAACCCAGCCGUGUCUCAGCUCAACGGAGUCAUUUUCUCUCCAGAAAACAGCAACUACAACAACGAGGACGACAACAACUUUGGCAUUAAGACAGAGCAAUAUUCAAAUGGUGGCAAUAACGAUCUUGAUGUACGAGACUACUUAGACAACCCUUUUUGCCAGGAAGCGGGUUACGGUCUGUUGGGUCUUUCAUCUUCUCCUGGACCUCUUAUGCUAUCAGAUUCUCCAUAUGUCCUUUAGGUUUCCAGCUGUAGAAUCCAGACCUUUGGAUUAUAUAUUUGAUCUUUUAUGGUUUCUUAUU